AUGAUUGACCAUAUCAGUCAUGACGACGACAGUGAUGAACACUCUCCACUCCUACCAUCUCCAUCCAAUGCGACCCUUGCAGACUAUGAUCGUCUGUGUUCGCAGAGUGUUGCGUCGCACUCGACUACUCUGACUGCUAGUGCAACAGUCUGCGAUAGCCCUUACGUUAAACCAUCUCCAUAUAUGGCCUGCUUUCCCAUCUGUUUCUUUAUUCUUGGACUGACCAUCUCUUUUGUUCCUGAGCAGCAGUGGUUGAUUCUUUACCUGUGUCGUCGCUUUGCUAACCCUGAUGUUGCUGCUGCUGGUAGCAAUUAUUCCAUUACUACACUGCCUGAACCCUACAGCCAUUUAUAUCUUCCUGGAUUGUUCCAUAAUCCAGUUGCUUUUGGUAGUGCUGACUGGCCCUUUUGUAGUUCAAAUGCUGACAUUCAAAUUUUGGCUGCUAGAUGGAAAAUGGUUCUAUCGCUCUGUAGCAGCAUUCCCGCACUAAUCACCGCUCCUUGUCUUGGAGUGCUCUCUGAUCACUAUGGUCGCAAGCCGAUAAUCCUUGUUCCCUUAUUUGGUGCUGCUUUCUACUAUAUCGGUCUCAUUGCUGUGUCUCGUCUGCCAAUUGGAUUAUGGGCAUUUAUUGCUGUCCAUAUUCUUCAAGGGCUCAGUGGAUCUGGAAGUGUUCUUAUUACGGUCAUUACUUCUUUUCUUGCCGACACCACUGAUCCUGCCGAACGGGGUGCUACAUUUGUGUAUACCGAAUGUCUUGUUUUUAGUGCAGGUGCAUUUGGACCUUUGAUUGGUGGCUAUCUUAUCAAGAUUCUUCCAUCAAUCGAUUUUGUGUUUAUGAUAUCCGGUAUACUGGUUAUCAUGACUCUACUCAUUGUCAUCUUUUUCUUGCCCGAGUCUUUGAAAAAACUACAGCCAAAACCGACUUGCCCUACAGAUCCCUCAUUGCCAUUGUUAGACCACAAUGUCGCGUCUAACACUGCAGCUGUAUCAAAGAAAUUUAACAUUAUUGACGAAGUCAAAUUAGUGUUCCGUGGUAUGUUCGAGUCCUUUAGAGUAAUCAGCAGCCCCACAUUCGUGAUUCUUAUAGUUGUGAUUUGCUUUGCUGUCGCCGGUUUUGGAGGGAAAAUGAUGAUCUUUCCCUAUCUUGCCUUUCGCUUUGGAUGGGAUUCGUUUAUCGAGGGACAAUAUAUGCUUAUUGGCACCAUCUCUCGUGUAGCACACAUGGCUAUUACAUUCCCAAUUAUCACCUAUCUAUUUUCUCCAACGUCUUCGCUUGCAUUAGGCAGACGAUCGGCAUCAUCAGUCGAAAGAGGAGUCUCUGGAUCAGCAAACCUUAAAACUAGAUUCGAUCUCUAUAUAAUAUUGUCUGCCAUCACCGUUGGUGCUCUUUCCACUUUUGCUAUAGCUUUUGCGGAUCAAACGUGGCAGCUUUUCGUCAUUCCUCUUUUUGAUGGAUUUGCAUCGCUUGCAUCUCCAACCAUUCGCAGUCUCUUAUCUCUCUCUAUUCCUACAACUUCUCAAGGUCAAAUGUUUGCAUUUCUUCAGCUUCUCGAGAGUUGCGUUGGCAUGAUCACGGGUAUUAUUUAUCCUAUCAUUUGGAGCUCUACAGUCAAUACCACUAUGCCCAAUCUGUUUUUGGUCAUCAGCGGAUGUUUGUUUGGGUGUGCUGCCAUUGCUAUGCUGUUUACUCACUUUGAGGACAUUGGGCAUUGCGAUAAAGAUGUGAUUGUCGUUGAUGAAGAAUAA